AACUUGAACAGCCACGUCCGACACAAACGACAUAACGACAAUGAUGCGCUUGCUGGUGGUGGUUGUGGCUGGGCUGCUGCUUGUGGCAAGCAGUCUGAGCCCGGGCUGUGAUGCGAGCGAUCCAAGGAACCACUACGAAAUGCUGGGUCUGGCAAGGGACUGCGCCCGAUCUGCAGUGCGGCGUGCGUUCCGACAGCUCGCUCUCAAGUACCAUCCCGACAAGAACCCCGAUCCCGAGGAACAGAAGAUGUUCAUCACCAUCGCAGCAGCCUAUGAGACGCUCAACGACAAGGCGCUGCGCGCUCAGUACGAUGCCAUGAUUGGUCCCGGUGGGGUGGACCCGAAUUACAUGACACGGCGUGGCCCAUCCGGUGCCCCGCCACCAUCUGGCCCUGCACCGCCGCCGCCACCGCCGUUCGACUACGAGGCCUUCUUCCGCAAGUUCGACGACGUGCUGCGGGAGCACGCAGAGACGCACCUCAACGCCGUGAAGCAGGCCGGCAUCGACCCGUCGGGCGUCGCAGACCACCUGAAGCAGCACCUGCGCGACCACAUGAAGAAGCACCAGGACGCAAACCGCGCACACGCCAUGGCCGUGCAGCAAGCAAACGCGCACCACAACCACGGCCACAACCACGGGCAGCGCAAGUACGAGCAGCCACGCGAGGACCUGCUGCUGGAAGGGCUCUUUGAUGACGUGGACGAGGACGAGGAGAAAGUCUUCCAACAACACCUCGCCACCAUGAAAUCAUCGGAGGCGCAUGGGAAGCACAGCAAGAGCAGCCGCAAGUGCACGACCAAAGUCGUGGAGACGGAUGGCAAAGUGGAGACCAUCACAGAGUGCGUCGAGACAACGGAGGAGUGACGAGUCAUUCUGCUGUGGUUACGAAUGGUGGUGGUGGUGGUGGUAGUGGUGGGUGGCGACAAUGGUAAUGGAACUGCUUUGCUUCGCCUGUCAUCAAAGGCAGUCCGCCAUUCGCGCUGUACGUUUGCGUUACCAUACGCGACCUCUCUGUGGUCAUGAAUGAACACGAAAGUAAUGCACAAGAA